AUGAGUGAUGAUGAUGAAUUAUAUGAACAGUUUCAAUAUGAGAUGGAGCAUGGCACACCGCACCCAAAUGUUGUUGAUCCACGAGAACUAGAACAACUUUUACAACAACUGGAAGAUGAACAAGAACAAGUUUUCUUGCGCAGAAAUGUACGACCAAGGAAUGCGCCAGUACAUUGGCCGGAUUUUGUUGUAAGAAGACCAUAUCUGCGAUUUCUUUUAAGGAAUCUAUUGAUAUUGGACCAUAUAUUGAUGGUCUUGUUUCUCCCAUUUUCUCUUUUCACCGUUCUGAAGACCGUUAUUAACCAGGUGACUUUCAGCGACACCGAUGUCUUCACUGAAGUUGUCGAUUAUGUUCACAAUCGUCAAGUUGUAGAUCCAACAUCCAGCAUAGUGUACCUUUACAGAAACGGUGCCGGCCUAUUAGGAUGCUUUCACAACUCAGCUGUCUAUCAUUCUGCACCUUUUUUUAAAUACCUUAUGAGAAUCUAUGAAAAUCCAAACGUUCUUCGGCAACUCUACACUAUCUACAUCAAAUGGUAUACGGUCACAGUAUAUCUCGGAUACGGUAUCUUCGUGAGUUCUUACCUCUCCUUUGUCACCUUCUUUUUCGUCGUAUGUGUGACGCUUCUAUUCAUCAAGAAGUUUAAGGGAGUGGAUGUUAUCAUCGCUAAUAUCCUACAAACAUGCAACUUAGUAUUUUAG